CCUUACCAGAUCACUCUCAUACAAGCAGCCGGCAUUGUAGAUUUCUCUACUGCGAGCCUCAAUCUAUUCAUCAUAAUAUCACAUCGAUGAGCAUCGCUGCAAGUUCUAUGCGCAGUAUACUGCCGCAGCUCGAAACGGCUCUCAAAUCUUUCCAGUCCUCCGAUUCCAAGUUUCGCAUUGUCCGAAGCAUCAACCCUCCAGCUUCUAGCCCGGCAUCUCCAAAGACUCUUUUCAUUCUCGACUCCUCAUUCAAUCCUCCUUCGAAGGCACACCUGGCAUUAGCCAAAUCUGCCCUACACUCUUCUUCAACCAAACAUCAUCAGUCUCCAUUCGGAUUGUUGCUGCUGUUCAGCACUCACAAUGCGGACAAGGCUCCUUCUGCCGCUUCCUUUCCCGAACGUCUGGCUCUCAUGACUCUCUUCGCCGAGGAUCUUCUGAGAGAUAUCCAAGGUGUGGCCGACCAUGAUGAUUACGUGCUGCCCGCUGUCGAUAUUGGUUUAACCACUGCUCCUUAUUAUACCGACAAAAGCUCGGCUAUCUCAAGUGAGGGCGCCGAGCACUAUCCAGGUUCUCCCAAACAUGUACAUCUCUUGGGCUUUGACACUAUUACGCGUUUCUUUGCUGCAAAAUACUAUCCCGAGUUCGACCCGCCACUUUCUGCGCUCGAUCCUUACUUUGAUAAGGGACAUCAGCUGCGUGUGACUCUGAGGCCUUCGGAUGAGUACGGCACGGUUGAGUCGCAGGAGGGCUUCUUUGACCGAUUGGCUAGAGGAGACAUGAAGACCGACGGAGCCAAACAAGAAUGGGCUUCCCAAAUUGAGGUUGUUCGCGCUGAGGAAGGUGUUGGUGUAAGUAGCACGAGAGUCAGAAAGGCAGCUAAGCAACGAGACUGGAAUGAGGUCCAACAGCUUUGCACGCAGGGGGUUGGCAAGGCCGUGGCCGAGAACACAAUAUAUGAGAGUGAUGACCGAGGGGCCAAAAUGGCCUGAUCAUCACCAGCAGCACAACAAGCAACGUGGAAGCACGAACACAGGAAUUAACGAUCUUGAUGGCUGUCCUUUUCAUUCCUUCUGGCCAAAGCCAUCGGACGUUUGUAUAUAUUAACACCAAUCUCCGCGUGCAGGGCGAGUCGAGUAGGCUCCUGCGCAUAUAUGUACCGUGAUAACCAACGCCGGUGUUGCCAUGGUCUUGUGAUGCAUAUUUGGCCUCGCCGCCUUCAUACUUGUAGUUCCAGAUACCGU